AUGUUUGAGCUACAAGAGCGGGUCAUGAAGUACAUCGGUCUAGAAGAAGCUUUACAAGAUUCCUCAUAUGUUGUGCCAAAGCGUAGGAGGGAUUCACCUCUGCCGAAUCGAGAAAAUUUACAACGGCCCCGCCCAACUUUGAAUAACAUGCCCAAGGCUCAAAAAGAUGACCGUAGAAGGGAUGGGUCAUUCCAUUUAGGCCAAACUUUUACCCCACUCAACAAUCCACGGAGGACUGUUCUCCAGAUCAUUCAAGAUAAAAAGCUUCCGGUGACAUGGCCGCCUCGAGGUCGCAAAAACCCAAGAAAUGGAAAGAACCAAUUUUGUGACUUUCAUUGGAGAUACGGGCAUGACACCGAGGAAUGCAAAAAGUUGGGAAGAUCCAUCGAGGGACUAAUUCAAAAUGGGCAACUUAAGCAGUUCAUCCAAAGCUCCACAGGCUCAAUCCAACAACCUUCGCAUCGAACAAAGGAAAAGCUCCACAGGGAAGUGGACCUAUGUAAAGGUGUCGUCCUAGUCAUACAUGGAGGAACUGGACUACGACAGGAAUUGUCCACCUCUCAUAUUGGACCACAUCCACUAUCUCAGAUCAAAAUCCUAUCAUUUUUUAUUCCCGAGAUCUUGAGGAUAUCGAAUAUCCCCAUGACGACCCUCUGGUGA